GCGAGAGAGCGCCAGGAAGAGACUGAGGCGAGGGGCUGAACAAGCAUGCCUUUUAUAUGUACUAGGGACUGAGACAGCGAGAGAGGGAGAGGGAGCAGCUGAAGGCAGAGACAACUGGUGUGUGCACAGCUUUCCCUGGAGGAAGCUUCGGCGAGAGGAGAGGGCUUGAUCGAGAGACGGGGACGAGGAGAGAGCGAGAAAGAGGGAGAGAGAGAGAGAGAGAAAGGCAGAGAGAGAGGGGUUGAAGAGAUUCUCACACUGGCUGUGUCCUAAUCCGAGUCCAUCUCCUGGAGGCAGCGGAGCAGAGUGUUAGUGAAGUGAGUCUAAGAGGCGAGGAGAGGAUCGACGUGGUGGUGGGGUGGGUUGGGGAGCACCCAGGACAGGGCAGGGCUGGGGCACCGGAGAAGAGGAAGUGAGGGAGACAAAGUGGAUCAGAUCACAAGCAGCACAUCCAAAGCUGGACAUGCCCGUCAGGAAAUCCAGAUCCGAGUCUAUAAGAUCGCCUGCCAAUCAGAGCCUUCGUUAAGAGCGGUGUGGGCGCCAGAGUGGGGGAAGGAUGGCCACCAUGCCGUUUGUCAGUGAGGGGAAGUGUGUUAGCGUGGAGUGGGAUUUCCUGCAAGGACUUCUGGCCAAGCCUCCUACACUGCCCUGUCUGCAGAACCUACGCAAAGAGAAGUCGCGCAAUGCGGCCCGGUCGAGACGCGGGAAGGAGAACUUUGAGUUCUUUGAGCUGGCCAAGAUGCUGCCCCUGCCCGGCGCCAUCACCAGCCAGCUGGACAAGGCCUCGGUCAUCCGGCUGACCAUCAGUUACCUACACAUGCGCGCCUUUGCCAGCCAGGGGGACCCGCCCUGGAGCCCCCUGCUGGAGGGAGACAGCAACUGCAGCAAAGUGAGACGGUCCUCACAUUCUCUGGCCACUGACAUCUUUGAACAGCACCUGGGGGCGCAUCUCCUGCAGUCUUUGGACGGCUUUGUGUUCGUGGUCAGCCAGGAGGGACGUUUUCUUUACAUCUCAGAGACGGUUUCGAUCUACCUGGGACUCUCGCAGGUGGAGCUCACGGGCAGUAGCGUGUUCGACUACAUCCACCCGGCCGACCACGUGGAAAUGGCCGAGCGGCUGGGGAUCAGGCCCCACCUGCGAGCAGAGGCCGGCUGCCAAGUGGGCCCAGAGAGCGCUCCCUCCAGCUCGGCCUCCGCCUCUUCCCUGGCCGGCACGCCCGAGCCCAGCGCGCCAUCCAGUCCUCACUCUCCCGCUGAUGAACCUCCCGACCGCGGUUUCUUCAUUCGUAUGAAGUCCACGCUCACCAAGAGAGGGCUACACGUCAAAUCCUCGGGAUACAAGGUGAUCCACGUGACCGGGAGAAUACGCUACCGGCCCGCAAUCGUCCCCGGAACAGCGCGUUCAAUGCCCCGGCCCAUGGGGAUGGUGGCGCUAGCUCACACACUCCCCCCUUCCACGCUCAAUGAGGUCCGCAUGGAGAGCCACAUGUUUGUCUUCAGGGUCAACAUGGACCUGCAGGUCACAUACUGCGAGAACAGGAUAUCCGACUAUAUGGACCUGACGCCCGCAGAGGUGGUGGGACGCACCUGUUACCACUUCAUCUAUGUGGAGGAUCUGGAGAACCUGCGACAGAGCCACGAAGGCUUGUUGAGGAAAGGCCAGGUGGUGACGGGGUACUACCGCUGGCUCCAGAAGAGAGGCGGCUACCUGUGGAUUCAGUCCACCGCCACCGUGUCCAUAAACCACAAAGCCCCCCACGAGCGCAACGUCAUCUGGGUCAACUGCGUCCUCAGUCGAACGGAGCUGCCCGACACUCCUCUGGAUCUGCUGCAGCUGCCAGAGAGCGUCAGAGCCGAACGACUUCGAGUGAGCUCCCCUCCCACAAACAGCUCCCCGCAGGCCCGAGGCUCCCAGCCAGCAAAGAGCUCAGCGGGAAAGAGCGACCCCGACACGAAAGCUCGAGAGAAGUUCACCACUGCCGCUGUCCAAUCAGAGAACAGGAGGAAGCGCCUGGUGAGGUCCGAGCCUGAGGGCGCCCCCCCUGAGAGCCGCCGCCGUCUGGAUGAGCUGAGGCACACAGAGGAGAGCGUGUCGGCCUCCUCGGACCUGGCCAGCGAGAGCGAGGGCGAGGACGAGGACGAGGAGGAGGACGAGGAGCCCGACUGGGAGCAGGGGGGGGAUGGUGACAAAUUGAAACAAGAAGACAGCGGAGGGAAGCCGAGCAGGGGUGCCGACGCCCCAACGAGAGGUGAGAGGGGAGGGCGGGUACACAAUGGGCGAGCUGUGAUCCAGCAGCUGAAGAGCGUGGUGACCCCGUCCGCCAGCAUCAAGACGGAACACGAGGCCCUGGCCACCGGGGGGCGCUGGGGCUCACACAGCAGCCAGCCGCAGCCGUCUCACGCGCACACCCCCUCCAGCAGCCUCAACGGCGACAGUCCCAACACCCCGAUACCCGACUCCUCGUCCAGCAGUGAAGCGCCGCCGAAGGGCCUCUUCACCCCUCCCUCCCCGGCCUUGUCUCCCGUCAUGCCCGUGUCUUCCCCACUGCCACGCGAGGAGCGGGCCGCCCCGGGGGCGGUCGGUCGGGGCGGCGGACCGGGCGGUGGCCCUGACUUAGAGCUCCUCCAGAGACUCGCCGCGGGGGGUGCGGCGGGGCGGGUACUCUUCCAUCCCCUUGCCCUGGGACCACAGGGCCCCCAGAGCCUCUACGCCCCCAGCACUAUCCGCUACGCUCCCCCCGAGCUGCCCCCCUCCCACCACCAUGGGGUCGGACACGGGGACGGCCUGCAGUUGCGUUCGGACCACCACAAGGGACCCCCGCCGGCCUUCUUCCCCCACCUGCAGCGACUGGCAGGCCUGCCGCCCUUCAGCGGGUUCUCCCCUUCGGACAGCCCAUUCCCCUCCGGACUGCCGUUCUGUAUGAACGGAUUGCGGGGGGCCGCCGGCUCCGAGGAGGACUGAGAUGAUGAAAUCGACGUCGACGUCAGGACAUUAAGCCUCUGAGGAUGUCGCUAAUUGGACUUGAACGACUGCAAUGUUAAAAGUGUGACAGGUCGCCGCUGGGGGAACAUUUAUUUCGCCACCGGACAUGCUGACAGCGACUCUCGAAAACUUACAAAAAAAAAAAAAAAAAACAGGAUGCCUCGCGGUUGGAGCUCCCACUAGAGUUUUUCCAACGAAAUAGUGAACUGACUUUCAACGGACCACUUCUGUGUUUCUUCUACUCAGAGAAGCCAUAUUGUAUAUAGAGACAACAACCAUGAUGACCCUCAGCUCAGCAACCCCACCUCACCGUCAACCGUCGUCCCAAUUAACCCAAUUAACACUCUCACCAAUAGAAAGAAAAAAAAAAGAAGAUGGACACUUGUCGGAAUGGGUUUUUAUUAUUGCAGUAUUAUAUAAUUAAUCUCUUUUUUUGGUGACACUUUGAAUCUAGGGGUUCCUUCAAAAUAAAGGGAAGUGAUUUUUGUAUUGAAAUUGAAAAUCAUUAUAAAAAAAAUGAGUCACUCAUUAAAAGCACAUUGUUGGGACAAAAAUAUAAUUAAUAAUAAUGCGCCCAGACAUUCCAUCGUAUGUAAGGGAGGAAAUGUAAUUGAAACAAAAUGCUUUUUUCUUGAGGAUUCAUCGAAGUAUAUUGUGCGUCAUGCUGUUUCUGUAUGAAAGCAAUAUUUUUGUUAUUUGUGUUGUUUCCACAUAAAGCACUCGAAGAGCAGUUGGGACAAAAAUACUCAAACUUUUUUUUGUAUUAAAAAAAAUUGCAUUGCGGGUUUGAUUCGUACAAAACAACAAACUCAAAAGUGGGAUGGAGUUGACCCAGGGAGCUGUUGGUCUCUUUUUGCCCCAAAUUUGUUUAUUUUUGACACAACUGUUUUAGAGUGAGGCAAUGAAAGGAUCGAGGGAAAUCCUCUACAAGCAGUUGGUCUAAAAAUAACCCAAAUUAUGGGUCGAAAAGGGACUUUGACACGACUUUUAGGGGUGGAGGGGUGUUGUUUUGAU